AAACCACAACACAACUCACGGAAAUUAUGAGAAAAUGCAGAAAUCCAUGAACUUGUGUGUUUUGGGGGCAGCAGCAGCAGAGAGUGAGGCUCCGGGCCCGACGUGCAGCCGAGCCGGAGCCCUGCGGUGGGCUGAGGGAGAACGAGCAGGGGGGAUGAUAACAAUGGAGAAGUUGUGUUUGUGAACAGGUUGAGAAAGUUUGGGCCCAAAGAGGAAAAAAAAAACUUUCCCUCCUUUGCACGGAUGUGGUGUCGGGAGUCGACAACAUGUAAGUGUUGAUAUCAGGAGAACUCACCCUCUCUCUGUGGGAGCCUCGUUUCACUGGAUUUCAAGUGUUUUUAUUUUUCUGAACUUGUUGUUGUGUUUUCACUCGGAGGGAAAUGGACCUGGACCUGGACAGUGUUUGAUACCAGAGGGGUUAACAUGUAAGAGUGUGUGAAACUGACAAGACUUGAACAAUGGCAGGAAGACAGCGGAAGAAUGAGGCUGUGUACCGCAGCGUCUCUUUUAAAAAGUUGGGGUCCAGGAGCAGCGGCGAGGAGCAGCGACACAGACCCGGGGCUUUGGAGGCAGCUGGCGGCGCCCUCCCCCCGGAGCAGCCUCUGUCGAGAAAAGUUUCCAAGAUCUCUGCCACCACCACCACCACCACCACUACCGCCGGCCUCCCAACCGCAGACCCGAAGAGCAGCUCCUCCACUCCUCUCUCCUCCAUUUCUCCAUCCAUCCGCCAGCUCACCGAGAGGUUCAGCAGCAGCAGCAGAGCUAGUUCCGACGGAGGCUCCGCCAGGACGCGCACAGCUCCGCCGGGAGACGGUGAAGUUGUGAGGCGGGGGACCAGCACUCUUCCCCGGGCCGGCGGCUCCAGGAGAGACGGGUCUGUGUGUCGUAAAUCUUUUCACGAGGACAUUAGUGGCGGAUAUUUCCCGGACAUUGAUACUACUUCUACUACUACUACAACAACUACGACCACAACUACUGCUACUGCUGCUGCAGAGUCUCUCACAGACAAUAAGGUGCAAAAGUUUCAGUCUGGCACCGACUCUGUGUCUGGAUCAGACUCAGAGAAGAAAAGUGAGAAACGGAUUUUCACACGUGUAUCCACCGACAGCAGCAGCAGCUCUGGUAAGAGAGACUACUCACAGAUCAAUGCAUGUGCCUCUGAUCCCAGAAAGUCUUUGAUUACUGAUGAAGAGGAGGAUGUCACUAGCAGAGCGCUUCCUCCACCUUGUAAAUCUCACAAAACUUAUCUCUCCACUCACCACGGUGACUUUAUUCCCCUGCACUCAGACAAGUGGCCCAGUGUCACCAAAAUCAGACAGCUUUUUGACGAAAGACAAAAAAACAAAGCCCAGACUGAUGCUGGUGAGAAUUUAAAGGCAGCUUGCAGGGGCCAAGUACCAGAGCUCAGCCCAACAGAGAGUGCUUCUCUCGCUGAUAGAAGUGACAAGCUCUCACCCUGCAGCUCUGUUAGUGAUGGUAGGAGUUUGUCUUUGCAUAAAAAAUGUGUAGUUGGAGCACAAAGCAGAGAAGGAAGUACUGCUGACGAGACAUAUUGUUACGGUAUGGACUUUAAUUGCAAACCUGACCAACAGCAGUACUCAAACGAUGAGGAGCCUGACAUAGAGACCCAAAGCUCUCACUACAACAAAGUUUCUGGAAGAAAUACUUCACAAAGCAGUAGCAGUUGCACUGGGGGUAGUCACUACCUUAGGAUUAACCCAUCUCCAUUCAGAUCUCAUAGUCCCAGCACUGAGACAGAGGCCGUCCGUAAGACCCCCGGGAUACAAGGGUUGACAUCUGACCCCAACCCUGACCUUCAACCCCCUGCUACUUCGUCUUGUAGUCGAUCGUUGAGCUUAGACACCUCACGCUGCUCCAACUCUCUUCAGCAGCCGACAGUGAGGGAGAGAAGGGAUAGACAGGGGGUCGGGCUGCCCAGGGAUAGUUUACAUUCCUCACAUAGCUCCUCUAUAGCACCAGCCCCCACCUCCUCCUCCUCCCCCUCCUCUGCUCCAGCUCCAGAUAAAGCCAUUACCUCCUCUUCUACUGUAUCUCCCUCUGCUGAGCUAAGAGCCCCAGCAAGAGUUGUCUCUCCCCUCAGCUCACGCUGGAGGUUUAGUUCUGGAGACGAAGAGGAGGAACACACCAGGAGAAGAAGUGUAGGCGGUUGGAGUGGUCCCUCUGGCCCUGCUCCAUCCCUCUCCUUCAGAGGAUGUGAAAGGGGUGCCACAGAGCGAGGAGGCAGCUAUUUUCCCCGCAAUAAAAAUGGCUGGUUGGGUGCAAAGGGCAUUGGCAGGUCCUCAGGCAGUGAGGAGGACAGCCCUGGUUCUUUAGGCCCCCACGUUCGAGAGGCAGUACGCCGCCGCUCGCUGAGGAAGAAGAAGAAAAUCAUUGGAGCUGCUUUAGCGACAGGCCGUGAUGAUUAUGAAGAUCAUGAUGGCGAAUCAGAGGACAGUGACAGUGACAUGGCCUUGACAAUGGAGCACUUAGAGAGGCAUCGACAGCAAAACACAGGAGGAGAAUUUCCAGUAACUUUAUCUCAGAGCCACUCAACAAGAGAGCCCAGUGGUCAUAGUAACAGAGCCAGGGUGCAGCAAUGGGAGCGCCUCUCCUCACCCAUGACAUCCUCUGUAUCACGAGUGUCGAAGGUUAAUAUCCCCCCAUUUGUGUCCAGUCCUGGUGGUUCACGUUGCAGCAGCCGGUAUUCCAGCACUGAAACAUUGAAGGAGGAGGGCAAUGCAAACCGUGAAACAAAUGUGAUUUUUAAUGCGGGUGAGGCUAGAAGCAGCAGUAGCAGGACUGCAUCCUUGUCCAUGCUGAGUAAAACUUACCAUGGAAAUUUUACCAUGUACCGCUCCCCAAGCUUUGGCCAUGGGGAUAACUUUUCCCGUACGCCAGUGCGAUUGCGCCCCAAAAUCUUGCCCACAGUGACCCCCUCGCCUAGUGUACAUGCUAGAGAAGGUGGGGUGCCUACAGUGGUCAGGGGUGGUGAGACGAAGGCAUUAAAGAGGACAACAAGUGGAGAUGGGGUAGAUGAUGAUAAUAAAAACCAAAUAUCUGUGUCCAACCCUGAUAUCACCUCAGAAACUAUGACUCUCCUGAGUUUUCUAAAGUCUGACCUGUCCGAGCUAAAGGUCUGCAAACCAAGUGGCGGUGACAAAUCUGGUGUUGUGGAGGGGUCAGUGUACAGGAUGGGCUCAAGGACACAAGGAGGGACCCUGUUACCUUCCGGUCGUCGACCGUCACUGAAAGACCUGACUGCCACCCUAAGACGUGCAAAAUCUUUCACCUAUUCAGACAAACCAACCACAGCUGAAAGGUGUUACUUGAGAGGUGGUACUGCGAAGAGGAGUUCCUCUGAGCAGCAGCUUGACUUGGAUGGAGAGAAAGAUGGCGGGAGGGUGUCUGUGUCAGACAGAGAAGUAGAAAGUGAUGGAGGGGAUUUCAGGGGUGGGAGAGGACAAAGAUUGAGAGAUUAUGGAUUUGAUGAUGAUGAGGAAGUGAUGCCAACUCCAUUGCAGGAGAGGUACAUGCAAGAAGCCAGGCAGGUCAUCCGAGACAUCUGCCAGAUGAGUACUAGGGAAGAAGAUGAUGAUGAUGAUGUAAAUGUAAGGAGAACUGAUUUAGAGGAUGAAUGUUUCCAGGUCACGGAAAGAAAAGGGGUGAAGGAAAAAAUAGGUGCGAGUGUUCAGGAUCAGGCAGGGGCAGAUCAAGAGGCUGAGUUUAAAAACACAAAAGACAGGGAUAAACAUGAGAGGGAGAGAGAGAACAGGGAGAAGACUGAGAGGGAUGGACAAAGUGUGCAGUUAGAGAAACUAAACAGCAGGGGCACAGAGUACGGGGAGAGAAAUAAGAGACAGAGCAGAGAGACAGAGAGAGCCUUACUAAAGGGGGACUCGGAGGAAAGCAUGUUCUACGACCGCUCUUUGGAUGAACUCUCAGGCCAUGAGUCUAGUUUAACAGAUGAAGGGAUUGUGACAGAGCCAGAGGUAGGCCCUGGUGACUCCUCCGAGAGGUCAUUCCUGGGGUCAGCAGGGGUUAAUUUAGGGUCUCGGAUACCUAGGGAUGUGCUAGGGCAACCUGUCACCAUAUGGAAGCAGUCGGCUCUCCACGAGGUGGAAUGCUUUAAACAGGAGAGAGAAGAAAUGACAGAGAACAGCGUGAGUUUUACAAAUCUUGUGAAUGAAGCCGGUGCACCUCCCUCCUUGCCUCUUUUUGCCCGAAUGGCUGAGAGUGACUGCAUUAUCAUGGACUUGAACUGUACUGCUGGUAUCAACACUGUCAACCCUACCAGUGAGGAGAUUAACGCCAAUAGUGCAGCGUUGCAGGGGUCAGCUGCCACCGUAGGAGGAGGACAUGAAGCUCCUGCAACCCCAAGUGCUGUUCGUCGAAGGCGCAAAUUCUCCCCUUCUGGUAAUAACAACACCGCGUCUGAUUCUAGUAAUGGGAGUAAUGCUGAGUCAACAACAGCAGCUGUGGGAUAUGGGGAUACCACAGUCUACCGCUCUCUCAGUGACCCCAUGCCUCAGCGAUGUUGUUCUGUGGCAGAAGAAGGGAAUAACACAUUUUCCUCUGUAGACAGCAACCUGUUAGGAUCCCUGUCCAUCAAAGGAGGAGGAGGGGUAUCCGAGGACUCUGCUGUGGCCACCUUGUCAGAAUACAAGGGUAGUGUGGCAAGUGACUUGUCAGUUUACAGUGAUGGCGGGCUCCGGGAUGAUGGUGUUCAUGAUUACAGUGGGGUGAUAAGGAGCAUUGUAUCUGAACCAGGUGCAAUGGACAGACUGAUGACAGAUGACCAUGGCAAUGGCAAAGCUCCCAAGAAGAAGUCAUUCAGUGACCCCAGCCGCCGCAGUGAUGCCCCUUUACUCACCCAUAAUGACCCUCAAUGUAAAGGUCAGUCCAGCAGCACUCAGCCAAUCAGUGAGCUGGAUCAACCUGGCCAGAUCCCACCUUCCAGCAGUGAGCCGAUCCUGAGUGAGCAGAGAGGGGAACUGUGGGAGCCAGAAGCCCAACCUGAACAGACAUUGCUAACAGAGCCGCAUCACCACACAAACAGCAGUAAUCAAGUCAAGAAGGCUCGAUCUCAGUCAGAGUGCCUUCCCCUCACCGAUAACCAUGACAAUGAAGAUAAUGAUGUCAUAGACCAAGGUGAAGAGGAGAAAGAAGAAGAGUUGAGGAAGUUUAACUUUGACCUCCAGCUCGCUGAGGUUUUGUCACCUAGAAUGAUUCGCCGGCCCUCCAGAAAGCGUCCAAACCGGCUAGCUCACUUUUUCCCUCACGAAGACCCCUUUGAGCCCCCAGAACAGGGUUUAGAGGGGCAGGAGUAUCAGAGUGACCAAACGGACCUCACCCCUCCUCUCCCCCCUCCCUUAAUGCAAUCCAAACCCAAAACCAAGCAUGUCCGCCAUGCCAGUGAACCUGCAGCCUUCAUCCCCAUCUCCCCACCUCCACAACUCCAGCCACUGAAGGAAGUGGACUGCCUCCCUCUCCAACCCACUAGAGAGCCUCCAAUUUUAAGUAAACCUCCAGGAGAUGAGGCCCCCUCUCUGGAAGCUGUGACUCAGAAGUAUAUUCUUGAACAAAGCACUUCUGAGAGAGACACUGAGGGCCCAGGGACUCUUCCAGUGCCCAGGGAUGGAGCUGAAGUUGUGUUGGCUUCAGAGGGGCCCAGCGAGACCAGCACAAGUGGAAUUACAGAAGCUAGUACAAAGAAGGGUACAGAGGAUGCAGCGUCCAUGCCCGCUGCACAGAGGUCCAAGCCCAGAGUGGACAUGAGGAAACAUGUGAUGAUGACCCUCUUGGACACGGAGCAGUCAUAUGUGGAAUCUCUACGCACUCUCAUUCAGGGCUACAUGCGUCCUCUCAAACAUCCGGACGGCGGCUCCAUAGUGGACCCUCAGCUGGUGGACGAGAUGUUUUACCAGAUCCCAGAGAUCCUGGAACACCACGAACACUUUCUGGAGCAGGUUGCCGGCUGCGUCAGCCAAUGGCAUGACAGACAAACCGUUGGACACCUCCUCAUCCAAUCAUUCUCCAAAGAGACUCUAGCUAAUAUGUAUUCAGCGUACAUAGACAACUUUCUCAAUGCCAAAGAUGCAGUGAGGAUUGCCAAGGAGGCUAAGCCAGCGUUUCACAAGUUUCUGGAGCAAAACAUGCGUGAGAACAAGGAGAAACAGGCUCUGGGGGAUCUGAUGAUCAAGCCGGUGCAAAGGAUUCCUCGAUACGAGCUGCUGGUUAAGGACCUGCUCAAACACACUUCAGAGGACCACCCAGACCACCAGUUUCUACUGGACGCCCAGAGGGACAUCAAGCGACUGGCCGAGAAGAUCAAUAAGGGACGUCGCUCGGCCGAAGAGGCAGAGAGGGAGACCCGGGUCAUUCAGGAGAUCGAGGCGCACAUAGAGGGAGUUGAACAUAUUCUCAACCCCCAGAGGAAGUUCCUGAGACAGGAAAUGGUCAUGGAGGCGAAGACAGUGGGUGGGAAGAAGGACCGUUCUCUCUUCCUCUUCAGUGAUCUGAUCAUCUGCACCACCCUCAAGAGGAAGUCUGGCUCGUUAAGACGCAGCUCCAUGAGCCUAUACUCUGCUGCAAGUAUGAUCGACACUUCCAGUAAAUACAAGUUCCUGUGGAAACUUCCUCUGGAGGACGUAGAGGUGGUGAAAAGCUCCAUGCAGGCAACCAACAAGGAGAACAUCCAGAAGAUGAUUAGUCGAUUGGAUGAGGAUCUCAGUACGUUGGGUCAGAUCAGCAAACUGUCCGAGACCCUCAGCUUCCCACACCAGUCCCUAGACGAGGUGAUAAAGGAUCUGAUGGCGUCCGUGCACAGGGAGCUGUCAGAGAAACAGUCUCUGGCCUUCAGUAUGACCUUCCUGCCCACAAAGCUGGAGUUUACCACAGUGUCUGCAGAGAGCAGCUUUGUGUUCGAGUUUACGUCACCUGACACACGCUCCAACUUCGAACAGGCUUUUGAAGAUGCCAAGAGGAAACUAGCCAUGAAUAAGGACCAGUGGGACCCAGAGUUUCUGAAGGCAAUCCCCAUAAUGAAGACACGUAGUGGAAUGCAGUUUUCAUGUGCGUCUCCAAGCCACAGCAGCCCGGACAGCGGUUGUGAAGUGUGGGUGUGUAACAGUGACGGAUACGUAGGACAGGUGUGUCUGCUGAACAUCAGAGACGAGCCCACAGUGGAGGCCUGUAUCGCUGUCUGCUCGGCGAGAAUCAUCUGCAUUGCCGCUGUACCAGGACUCAAGGGAAGAGAGCGUGGAUCAGAGCCCGCCCCUCCCUCCAGAGCCCCUGGUCAGCAGCUGCACAUAUCGAUCUCUCAUUCAGCUCUGGAGCUGACCGAGCGACCUACAGGACCAGGGGCGGAGCUUGUUCCGUUCGACAGCGAUGACACAGAUGACGAGGAUUCACCCAGUCCUUCGUCCACUCUACAGAGUCAGGCCAGUCAUUCCACCAUCUCAUCCAGCUAUGGCAAUGACGAGGGUCCAGGCUCCAAAGACAUGGCCACAGAGACCACCAGCAGUGAGGAGGAGCAGGAAUUCCCAGUGCCAAGUUCUUAUGGAGCUCCGGGGAUGUUAGGGGUCCGCGGAGGAAGUCGUACCCAGACAGACAGCCCCAUGGACGGCCGCGCCAUGCGCCGGUCCUCCCGUGGCUCUUUCACCAGGGCGAGUCUGGAGGACCUGCUCAGCAUCGACCCAGAGGCCUACCAGAGCUCAGUGUGGCUGGGCACAGAGGACGGAUGCAUCCACGUGUACCAAUCCUCGGACAACAUCCGCAACCGUAAAAACAGCAUGAAGAUGCAACACUCAGCCUCCAUCCUCUGUAUACUGUUUUUGGACAACAAAGUGUUUGUGUCUUUGGCCAAUGGAGAGGUGAUCGUCUAUCAGAGAGAAGCAGGCAGUUUCUGGGACCCUCAGUCUUCUCAGACGUUAGUUCUGGGCUCACCCACUAGUCCUGUCACCAAAAUGGUUCCUGUGGGUGGGAAGCUUUGGUGUGGCUCACAGAACAGAGUCCUCAUUAUCAACACGAGUACGCUGGUACAAGAGCACUGGUUCCAGGUGGGCUCUGACAGCAGUCGUUGUGUGACGUGCAUGGUGGCGUACGGUCAGGGGGUGUGGCUGGCGUUGCAGGGCAGUGCGCAGGUCAAACUGUACCACGCUCUGACCUGGGAGAGCCUGACAGAGGUGGACAUGGCGCCUGCUGUGCACAAGAUGCUUGCAGGUGCAGAUGCGAUCAUCAGACAGCACAAAGCCGCCUGUCUGAGAAUCACAGCAUUGCUGGCCUGUAAGGAUCUGCUGUGGAUUGGCACAAGUGCAGGGGUGGUCCUUACAUUGGCGAUCCCAGCAGUGAGCUCAGGAACCGGGGCUGGGACUCUGAAAUAUCCCCUGGUGCCCAUGGGCUCGGCUCACGGACACACAGGCCACGUUCGAUUCCUGACAUCAAUCGAACUACCAGAAGGGUUUGACAUGAACUUUCCACUUCCAACAACGGACUCCACAGGCAACCAGUCACAGAGCAGCAGCACUGUUGACGGAAACCUUCAAAGGCGUGACUCUGCACGCCGCAGGGCCUCCGCUCACAUCCCUCCAAAAACUAACCAUCUAGUCAUUUCCGGCGGUGACGGCUAUGAGGACUUCAGGCUGACUAACAGCAGCGAAACUGUCGGACGGGACGACAGUACCAACCAUCUUUUGCUUUGGAGGGUCUGAGACAAUCUAACCAGUCAGUUCCCCACCUCUCGCUAAGAAUGCCGCACAAGCUACCCUCACUUUUCCUGCCAUGGAACUUCUCACUUUUUGUUGUUGUUGUUUUGGUCUUCUGCUCGGUCCACUGGUCUCUAUGUGCAUAAUAUGGCUGUCAACCCCCCCCCCCCGAACUUGAAUAUGAUCACUUCAGACCCAGUUUUCUUGAUUCAGUUUUCUUGACCCUGUUUUCUUGAGUAAUGUGUCUGAUGGUGUGUUUUGAUCCUCACUGUGUGACAUCUGUACGUGUGUAUUUGAGACAAAUCAAAUUAUGACAUCAUGACAGGAGGACAUUUACAUGAAUGUGGACAUGAACAAAGCACGUGGACAUUUUCUCUGGUUUUCUUUGACUUUGACGUCAGCCUUUUAUGCCUUCAAAAUACCAUGACAAAAUAUAUGAAUAUCUACAAAUGAAUCAUACUAACUGAUGGUAGUUUCAUCAAUAUUCUGAGUUUUUGCUUAUUUUCACUACUUGAGUUCAAGCAAAUCAAUGUCUCUCAACUUCUGGAAUAGAAAAGGACAACUUAUUUUGCUCCUUAACCAGGUCUGGACAACAUCAUUCAAAUGCAGUAUUGGUUAUCUAAGGUUAUAAUCACAUGCAUACAUUCACCAACAUUAAUGCACAGCCUUCACGCGCUGAAUCAGACAUUUGUGAGAAACAUAAAUGUCUAUUUAACACGGAUAAUCCCAUUGUAUCCAUUUUACAUUUACAACAUGAACGUAGAUGAAGCAGUGUCCCACUACUGGUAGAAAACUUUUAAUAUCACGGGAUCUGAGAAAGAUUUUCUUUGCCAUUGAACUUCAAUUCAGGAGGGUAAUCAGUACUUGUUUCUGUAGCAGAGAUGACGCUUGGCUGUGGUAGCAGAUAAAGAGAGUCACAGUAUGUACAGUAUUUAUGGUUUAGAUUUUAGAGCCUUCUUUUACAGCACUUAAUUUAUAGAAGAUGUAGCUUUCACUUUUUUUCGGUUUGAGUUGGAGAACGAGGAGACUGUGGCCUGAGCAGCAGGUCAGAUAAUCCAGCAUCAUUUGGCUGGUUUACAGAUGCAGUCCGCUCAUGUUGUGUUACGAUGCACAGUUCAGGGUUCUUGUUUAGAUAGUUCCAUAUAUGUAGAAACAGGACUAGAAAAUAGAGGGGUCUUGAGGAAAUGUUCUGUUUCGCUAUAAAGAAACGUACCAAUGCUCCAAAAUUCACAUCAUAUUGUUUCUUACACUGUGCGCCUGAGAGCCUUCAGAAGUCUAAAAGUUAAGUGUUUCCAAUAGUGAAAUGUCAGCUCACGGCAGAUGUCUGUGGAAGUGAAGGACACACACGUUAGCCUCAGGCUUCAGGGUUAAGCAGCGAUUGUCCUUUGAUCCCAAGCCUAGAAAAUCUCACUGCACCUUAACCAGCCAUCUGCACGCUCAGCUUUCUUCAUUCACAUUAGGUUAACUGUGAGCAGGGCUAAGAGGAUCAGCUGAUCAUUGUGAUAGCUGCUAACUAGCUCGUGAGCUCUGUGCCUCUGUAAGUGGAAAAGUGGAAUGGUCUGCGUAGCUCACUGUGUUAAGAGCUGAAAAUAAUAAAAAGGAGCUUGUUUGUUAUCUUUUGCCCUCAACUGAGGCCAAAGUCCAGUUAGCUUGUGGUAGCAUGUAAAAAAAAAAAUACAGCAGAGGAAAGUCUGAGAAACUAUAGGUAAGCAUUUGGGAAGUUAGCAAACAUUUGGUGUCUUGUCAAGAGUUACACGAAAAGAAUGAUACCGCUCUAAUGUUUGAUGAAAAGCUACAGCCAGGAUGUGGUUAGCUUAGCAGAGCACAACUACCGGAAAUUCGGUGAAAGCUAGCAUGGUGAAAAACUGGCUACCAACACAUCUAAAGACAAAUCAUGGUGUGUUUCUGUGUAAAAACACAUUAUAGCUACGUUACGUUCUUUCCUGGCAGACUCCAUUGACUUCAUGGGGUGUUUUAAUUCUACACAAUUCUUGCAGGCUUCAUGCUAAGCUAGGCUAACAGUCUCCUGAUGGUAGCAUUUCAAAGAUUACGAAUGAAUAUGUCAAUCUUUGUCCUGUAAUGUUGAGUAAGCAGCUCGGUGUACGGUUUUGAAUGUUCUGUAUGAUUCACUGCAAAGUUUACGUUUGUGUUCUCGAUGCCAAGAGCUGCCACUUUACCGAUGAAGAUGCUGUUUAUCUAUGCUGGCCGUAGGGCAACGUGUUGCAGAAUGAAUUGAGCAGCACAAGAAGCGUUGCACAUGGUGGUGGGAAAACUGCUUAGUUUGACUGCUCUGUUCAGGAUUUGCUGCAAUUGUUGGAGUCAAUAACUUUCAAAAAUAGAGAUUUUCUUGAAAACCAGCCUUAAUAAUAUACAUUUACAUUUCCUCAGCAGUGACAUAAGAAGCAGUGAUUGAAUAAUCCCGUUUUCUGCAGCUGCAUCAUAGGUUUUGGCCCUUGAAAUCUCUUCAUGCAAACAUGCACACAAACACACUGCGUCUUAGAUAUGAAGUCAAACUCAAUGCUUUUUGACCACUAGAAAGAGAAUGAACAAUAUUUUGUGCCAAAAAAUACAAGAUUCACACGUUUAUUUUCACCAUCACAUCAAACUCACCAUAUCAUCACUAACUUAACCAGAAACCUUUGAAUAACCUCCUCAUGUCAUUAAGUGAACAGUCUUUAUUGUUGUAAAUAUUGGUAUAUAUUGCCUUUUUUCUGUAAAUAGUGCACCCACGGUCCUCAAUUGUUCAUAUGAAUCUAAUGGCAUAUUUUUUAUAUAUUUGUGUAAGGUUUGUUUUUUUUCUGCUCCCUCUGGCAUGUGCUGUCACUCACGUUUAAAUUAUAUAUGUCAUGGAUCUUUCCAGAAGGAGACAAGAUGGCUUCUGUUGUGACUGAAGGAGUUUGGUGAUGUUGACUUGUUACAGAUGUCUACAGAAAGAAAAAAAACUACCGCGUGGUCAUAACUCUGUGUAUCUCUGGUUGACAUCUUGCAGUUGUCAUGGUUACAGUUGAUCAGUUUUUUUCCUGUACCUUGCUGUUCUUGUUUUGUCACUGUGGGUUUCUCUUUGUAAUUAAAUCAGUUCACUGGUG